CCCCCCCGCCCCCGGCACCUACCGCCGCGCUCGCUGCCCGUCAGUCCCGCGGAGAGCGCUGCCGAGGCUGACCCGGAAGUGGAAGUGCUCUGCCAGCGGCCGGAAGUCAGUGGGGCCGGGGCCGGGCUGACCCGGAAGCGGAAGUGUCUGGCGAUGGCGGCGGCGGCCGGGGGCCUGGGGGCGCUGCCCGACUCGCUGCUGCUGGAGAUCCUGCGGCUGCUGCCCCUGCACGAGCGGCUGCGCGGGGCCCGGGUCUGCAGACGCUGGCGUAGGCUGGUACAGGACAAGAUGCUCUGGAGACAUGUGGAUUUAAUGCCCUACAAGAUCAGCUCCAAGAUCCUGUGGCACCUGCUAAAGCAGUACCUGUGCAAUAGCCUGAGGAUACUGAAAGUGAGAGGAGCUCUCUACUCAAUGAGAAAGCAUGAGUUCCUUUCCCCAGCGCUGUUCCAGGCACUCGGGAAGCAGUGUCCCAGCCUCCAUCACCUGUGCCUGACCCAGGCUGACCUCCGUCGGCUCCCAUAUGACUGUAUACCAUCUUCUCUAAAGAGCAUGAAGCUGAGCUGGUGUGAGAUUCCUACUGUGUGGUUCCAAAGAUCUGCAUCUCCAGAGACUCCCAGAGUCCUGCCACAACUGCAGCAUCUCAUGAUCCAUAACGUCUCUGCCUUUUCUGAUCAGCAUCUGCUUAACGUCUCAUCUCAGACCAGCCUAAGGACACUGAAGCUCUCUGAAACCUACCGGCUGACAGACGCUGGGAUUCAGAGAGCAGCUCCAUAUCUGGAGGACCUGGAAUGCCUGGUUCUGCGCAAAUGUGUCAUUGCAGAUGCUGCUGUUCACGUCAUCGGGCGUCACAUGAAACAGCUCCGCUCUUUGGAAUUCAGCAACACUUGUUCCAUAACAGAUGCAGGCCUGGCUUGUUUAGCAGCCUUGAAGUGCUUGGAAACCCUCCGCCUCGAGUCCAGAUUUAAGCUUUCCCCUGAUGCCAUUGUUGCUGUGUGCCAGGCACUCCCCCAGUUAAGGAAUCUCAAUUUAGAUGGGAGUGAUUUGGAAGACCAGGAAAUACGUAAAAUUCAGGCAGUGGAGACUUUAUCGUGUAUCUUGCUCCUGAAGGUAACAGAGGCAGAAAGGAAACGGCUCCUGCACGCGUCCGGCUGCUGUUAGUCUGUGUGCUGCAAUGAUGCUUGCCGAAUUAAUUGCUGAGUGGCGUGGGAAAGUGUCCUGCCACGGCAGAAGAAGUAAGGCAGCCCUCCCCAGAAACCUUCGGCAGAGGAUUGCAACCUACUUCCAGGAGAGUUUCCUUGAGGUCUCUGUAGAGGAUGCACGGGACAUCCCGGUGCACGUAAACAAACUGUUCCACGGGGCCCCCCUCUGUCUAACUGUACAGGAGAAUGAGAAGCAGAUAGCAACUCUACCUCUAUGGUUAUUUCACUAUCUCUUCUAACCUGAUUAAAAACAUGAAGAGAUGUGUGCCUGCAAUACUGACGCAAACGUCAUACUUACCAGAGGUUCCUGUCCCUGAAUCAGGCUUGCCGGUGCUGGAUGAUAGGGACCGGCUCAACUGCUCUGGUGUCAGGAAGAGGUCCUGGCUUGCCACACCACUUGAUCCCCCGGUCGCCUGUCCCCCACUCUCCUCCUACUGCUGUUCCUCAUCCAACACCUUGUACUCAGGGUUCACUCCAGUGGUCACAGAAUCAUAGAAUAUCAGAGUUGGAAGGGACCUCAGGAGGUCAUCUAGUCCAAGCCCCUGCCCAGAGCAGGACCAAUCCCCAAUUAAAUCAUCCCAGCCAGGGCUUGGUCAAGCCUGACCUUAAAAACUUCUAAGGAAUGGGAUUCCACCACCUCCCUAGGGAAUGCAUUGCAGUGUUUCACCACCCUUCUAGUGAAAAAGUUUUUCCUAAUAUCCAACCUAAAUCUCCCCCACUGCAACUUGAGACCAUUACUCCUUGUCCUGUCAUCUGCUAUCACUGAGAAUAGUCUAGAUCCAUCCUCUUUGGAUCCACCUUUCAGGUAGUUAAAAGCAGCUAUCAAAUCCCCCCUCAUUCUUCUCUUCCGUAGACUAAACAAUCCCAGUUCCCUCAGCCUCUCCUCAUAAGUCAUGUGUUCCAGACCCCUAAUCAUUUUUGUUGCCCUUCGCUGGACUCUCUCCAAUUUCUCCACAUCCUUCUUGUAGUGUGGGGCCCAAAACUGGACACAGUACUCCAGAUGAGGCCUCACCAAUGUUCAAUAGAGGGGAACGAUCACAUCCCUCGAUCUGCUGGCAAUACCCCUACUUAUACACCCCAAAAUGCCAUUGGCCUUCUUGGUGCAUGACUCUGACUACUCCAAAGUAUUCCACAGGGCCCUUGGGGGGUGCUGGGCUUGCCGCCAGUGAUGCCAUGCAGCUCAUUGUAGAAGCAGCGUAUCUGGCUCUGCACCUGAGUAGCUGUUCGCCUCCUUUGCCUUCUGGUGUGCCUGCCGCAGCUCCUUGAUUUUCAUGUGGCACUGCUGUGUUUCCCUGUUGUAGCCCUUCUCCACCUUGUCCCAAGCCAUCUGGCCAUAGAUAUCUACAUGUCUGUGGCUGGAUCGGAGCUGUGCCUGCACGGUUUCUUCUCCCCGGAGACCCAGGGGAUCCAGCACAUCCUGUGCGUUCCAGGCAGGAGUGUGUUUGCUGCGUGGAACCAGCAAGGUCAAUUGGGCAGAUCCUAGGUGAGCUCUCCAUGCUGAGCAAACAGGAAAUGGGAUUUCCAAAAUUCGCAGGGCUUUAAAAGGUACGUGGCGAGUACCUGGCCACCAGACAGUGGAGUUCAAAACAGUGACCAGAGCGGUAGUGGUGUGGCAUUGUGGGACACCUCCUGGAGGCCAUUAAAGUUGACGUAAUUAACACAGUGUCUACACUGACAUUGUAUCGUCGUAACGAUGUUGACUUAAGUGCUACGCCUCUUGUGGCGGUGGAAUUAUUAAGCUGACGUAGCAGGUGAUUUACUUCGUCAGGAGCAUCGUUAUAGGGUAGAUGCUGACCGAAUAAGAGCAACGUAAGCCACCUUGCGUUGACCUAACUGUAGCAUAGACCGAAUCCAAAUGUAUGUGAAUAACUAAAGCAUAGAUCUCAGGUAUUAUAUUUGAAUAAUAUUAGCAGGCUGCCAGCAGCCAGAUCCUGCAUCUGGUUUGUUGGGUUACAUUGCUGUGCACGGCUGCUUGUGCCUUCUAUUGUUUAAAUACUCCCUCCUCUUUACCUGCUGUUACAAAGCCCUGAGUUCACGUUAGCAAGUUUGGGCUGAUGUUAAAACAGUAGCUGUUUUGAAGUUUCCAUUCUGGGACACACUGAGGUUUUGAAUCUGCUGAGUUGUUAUCUGUAAUCAAAUGUAAAAUGUAUUUAUAAAAUAAAAAUGCUUUUAGAUCUGUAAA